UUUGUUCCUGCUAAGUAUGUAGAAACACGACUUACCCGAUAAAGUAUGCCCAAACGCUUCUCUCUCCAUGCACACACUAAUUCUCUCUCUUCAAUCCUGCGUACAGCAAUCGCUCUCUCUCGUCUCUCUCUCACUAGGCACAAAACAAUCUCUUUCUCUCUCUAGACGAUUGAAGACCGCUACCUCCAGAGAUCCCUUUGCUGCUCUCAAUUGAGAAGCUUCCCUCCUUUGCUCUCUCUCUUUCUCCUUUUUUGUAGCAAUUCCACAUUUUAUUUCUUUCUCUCACCUCUGCAAUUAAUCCAGGAUCUAUGGAAGCCCUAUCAAUCUAUUUCGUCCCACUGCAGCUAUCAAGCAUCUCAAUGAACCCUUGAAAUUCAUUCCUUGGCUCUCUGAAAAUAAUGAACGAUAUCACAAACCUAAGGGUUUCCGGUCAUUUUAUUGACAUUUGGACACAAAACUUGAAGAAACUAUUGAAAUGCACUGUUUUCCUCUGCAAAUGAUCCAGAACAUGGCGAAACCCUAGAAAUGGCGACGCAGAGAGUGUGUUUUCCUCUGCAAAUGAUCCAGAGCAUGGCGAAACCCUAGAAAUGGAGACACAGAGAGUGGGAGGGGAGAAUAUUCACUCAUGAAGUUCUUGUGCUCAUAUGGAUAUGGCUGUACGGACGGAAUGUGAGGCGAGCAGCAGUACCGGGAACAGAGGGGAGUCUGUUGUGGUCGAUCGUGGGUGGCUUCGAGGAUCUUGUGGCUACUGUAAAUCGAAUAGCCGAUCGAGCUUGGCUCAUGGUAUGGGGGCUCGCAGCAUUACAGUGGAUGACUACCAAGAACUUCUUGACCGUGGCUGGAGGAGAUCUGGAUCUUUUAUUUACAAACCCGAGAUGGAAAAAACAUGCUGUCCAUUAUAUACAAUCCGUCUUAAGGUGGAUGAUUUUGUGCCCUCGAAGGAGCAAAUUCGCGUUUCUCGGAGAAUGCAAAGGUAUUUAGAUGGGACACUUGGUUUGAAGAAAUCAGACAAGUCUCAGAAUGAGGAGCAAGAUUCUUCUCAGGGCUCAUGCAGCCUUACUUGUCACAUGUCCACAAGCCAGGGGUCUCAAAACUUGGUCCAAAAGGUGUCUUUUUCUUCUUCUGAUUGCAAAGAAGUGAAUGAGGCACCCAUGGAGACGAAGGAUUUAUCUGCCCAAAUCGACAAUGCUCUAAAGGCAUGCAUAGAGACUGAUGAAUUGGCUGCCCUUAUGGAUUUGCCUUCUGCUUGUGUCAAACGAGUUAACCCACAAACCAAAAGGAAGCUCAGAGAAUUGUCGGGAAAUUUGUUGUACACCAGCAACAUUGCUUUUCAGUUUGCAGCAGCCUUAAGGCGGUUACAAUCAGCUGACAAAAAAUCUCAAGAACUUGAGGAAGUGAAAGAUGGUGUCAAUGCAGGGGAAAAACCAAAGAUUCUUUCUCCUCGGGAAAUAGCAGAAAAGGUGGCAUACUCUUUAAACCAACAGGGAGGCAUUGCUGAUAUCUCUAUUGAAGCUUGCAAUGGGCACCUUAAUUUUUUCUCUCUUACUAAAGAAAAACGAUCGGAUGAGCUUCCUGUCAAGGGAACUAGAGCAAAAACCAAUAGCUCGUUGAAUAAAAAUAAGUCCCCCCCCUUCAAGAAGCGAAGGCUUGAGAUCCGUAUGAAGCGAUCAUGCUUUGACCCUGAAGAAUAUGCUCUGUAUAGAAGAUACCAAAUUAAGGUGCAUAAUGAGAAACCAGAGCAGGUCAAGGAAAGCUCAUACAGGAGGUUCUUGGUGGACACUCCUCUUGUGUUUGUUCCCCAUUCAAAUGAUAGAACAGUUCCCCCAUGUGGCUUUGGUUCUUUCCAUCAGCAAUAUGUGAUUGAUGGGAAGCUGGUUGCAGUUGGUGUGGUGGAUAUCCUUCCAAGAUGCUUGUCUAGUAAAUAUUUGUUUUGGGAUCCAGACCUUGCUUUUCUCUCUCUAGGAAAGUAUUCUGCUCUUCAGGAAAUAAAUUGGGUGAAGGAGGCACAGAGGCACUGCCCUAGCCUGCAAUACUACUAUCUCGGCUAUUAUAUUCACUCCUGCCCUAAGAUGAGAUAUAAGGCAGCAUAUUGCCCCUCUGAGCUUUUAUGUCCCCUUCGUUACGGGUGGGUGCCAUUUCACAUUGCAAAGCCACUGCUUGAUAAGAAACCAUAUGUUGUCCUCUCGGACUACAAGACUUUGGCAGCUGAAGACCCCAAAAGCUCAACGGAACCACAACAAUGCGAACAACCCAGCGCUGAAGAUCAGAGUGAGGUUCUCCAUGAUGAUGAUGACGAUGACGAUGACAAUGAUGAGGGAGAAGAAAUGGAUCUUGAUAUGGAUGAGUGGGACACAGGCCCAGAUGAUGAUUCAGAAAGCAACAAUAUGUCAUUGCCCGAUGAGCUGCUUAAUGUGGAUGUUGAUAAGAUUAUGAUAGCAUUGAAUGGCUCUCGUGUCCGCUUCAAGGAUUUUAAAGAAGACAGUCCAAUUGAAAGGAGGCAUAUUGCUGUUUUGGAAUUGCAGUUGCAGAGGUAUGCUAAAGCUGUGGGCCGCACAGCUUCAGAACACAUGGUCUAUUCCCUUGGAUAGCGCUUUCUCUCUCUCAGCAUGCGCAUUGUGUAAGCAUUUGAGUUCUCUGUCCACUCUCUCUCUCCGCAUUCUCACUGAAUGUAAGCAUUUGAGUUCUCUGUCGUCUCUCUCUUUAUCUCUCAUUUGUGCCUAUUUAAGUGUUUCUAAUGAAUUUUCCUUGAUCUGUACUAAAAUUUGACUUGGCUUCCAUUUCCCUUCUUUUGCUGGUUCUGUCUCUGAGUCUUGGAUAAAAGUGAGCUUCUUGAAUAAAAUUAUUUUGUUCUUA